AUGGCAUUCUCCACCCGCAGCAUCCAGUGGAGCACGAGCAGCCGUGUCCAGUCCUCUGCACCCAGUGUCAGUGGCCUGACCUCCAGGAAAAUGUCCAUCCAGAAGAUCCAGGCACCCAGUGUCUACGGGGGAGCCGGGGGCUAUGGCACCCGCAUAUCGACCAGCACCAGCUCCAGCAAGGGCCUCGGAGGGAGCUUCCAGUUCAGCAUCACUGGGAACGAUGUGCUGCUUGCUGGCAACGAAAAAUCAACUAUGCAAAACCUGAACGAUCGCUUGGCUGCGUACCUGGAGAGGGUGCGCUCACUGGAGAAGUCAAACUCCCUGAUUGAGAUGCAGAUCAGGGAAUGGUAUGAAAAGAACACCGUAAGCGUAGGGCAGGACUACAGCUCCUACUUCAAAACAAUUGAAGAGCUCCGAAAUAAGAUUUCUGCUGCCCAUAUGGAAAAUUCCAGGCUUGUCCUGCAGAUUGACAAUGCCAAGCUCGCUGCUGAUGACUUUAGGCUGAAGUUUGAGAACGAACACCUGCUCAGGCAGAGUGUGGAGAGCGACAUCACCGGACUGCUCCGUGUCCGUGAUGACCUGACUCUGACAAAGGCUGACCUGGAAUCCCAGAUCGAGAGUAUAACCGAGGAACUUGUAUUCCUUAGGAAGAACCACGAGGAGGACCGUGCCAGGCUGCGCAAAGAGGCGAGCGGCUCUGUGAACGUGGCGGUGGAUGCUGCUCCUGGCAUUGAUCUCGCAGCUAUUAUGGAAAACAUGAGAAAGCAAUAUGAAGAAAUGGCAGAAAAGAACCGCCAAGAAGCCAAAGAACAUUUUGAAAAGCAGACUGCAGAACUAAACCAGGAAGUUGCCCUCAAUGUUGAACGGCUGGAGGUCCAAAGGAAAGAGAUCACGGAACGGAGACAGGUCUUCCAGAACCUGGAGCUGGAACUACAGUCCUUGCUGACCAUGAAACAGACCCUGGAAGGCUCUGUGGCUGAAACGGAAGCACGGUACAGUUACCAGCUUGACCAGAUACAGGGAGCAAUUUCCAGACUGGAGGCUCAGCUGAGGCAGCUCCGAGCUGACAUGGAGGCUCAGAACAAUGAGUACAGCACCCUGCUGGAUGUCAAGACUCGUUUGGAGAUGGAGAUUGCCACGUACCGCAGGCUGCUGGAGGGAGAGGAUGUACAUUGUAGUAAAUUACUUCUCUUUUCAAUUUCCUUAACAGAAUCAAGUAAAUUCAAGAAGAUCAAGACAAUAGUUGAGGAGGUGGUUGAUGGCAAAAUUGUCUCCUCUGAGAUCAGAGAGGUUGAAGAGAAGAUGUAA